GGCAGUCCCCGGCUACCAUGAGAUAGAGCUUCCAUGCUGGGCCCCCUCCGCAGCCACUCUCACAGACAGAAUCAGACAAUACUUCCUUGGAGGGUCACACCAACUACUGCAAACUGAUAUUAUCAAUAUUGGCUUAGAUAGAUUGAAAUUAAAAACUGAAUCAAGAGGCACUGUAAAACUGCAUGUUGAUAUAGUAUUAAGGAACUUCAGCCAGUUUGGGGUAGAAUAUAAGUAAAAAUGAUUAAGGUUCUGUCAUAUCUUGCCUUUACUAUGCUCUCCCUUCUGAUCCAGUUUGGUGUGAUGGAUUACAUUCAGGCUAAAAUUGAUAAAAAUGCGCCACACAAAGAUCUCAAUUUAACUAGUCCAAACCAUAGAUUCAGUGAUAUUUUAAAAGCAUACAGUAACAAAAGCCACGCACUUUAUUACCAAACAAAUCUUGCAAAAUUUACUGAUGCAAAGGUUAAGAUAAAGUCGUCUUCCCCUGUUUAUAUGAAUGUGACAUUGGCAUCUCCUGCUGAUGGCGAUGUUUUAACCACUACUGGAGCAUAUGACAUUCUACUGUUUGAUGAUAACACAACUGCCACUGAGGUCUCGUCCACAUCAGAGUCUUCAUUUUACACAACAACUGAUUUUGAAAACAUCACUGAACUAUCCAUAUUUAAUAAUAAAAAUAAUGAAACAGCAAAGCCUAUUGAAGCUCCUAAAAAGAGGUUGAGGGAAGAAGAUUGCUAUUGCGACUUACUGUACCAAGUAUGUGACAUCAACUGUUGCUGUGAUGGAGAUUGUUUGGAAACAGAUCACAAAAUGUUUGAUUGCAUGGAAAAGGGAAAAAAUCUUUCACAUGAUGUAAAUUUCUGCCCAUUUCAGGGGCAUUCAAUAUUUUAUACAGAUAAUUUAUUUUGUGUAGCCCACGCAAAUCUCCCAGAAAAACGAAAAAUCACCUACGAAGAGGUAAGCAUUUAUUCUAUACAAACUUAAAAAUAAUCUUAACAUAAAAAGUACCUAUACAGUUAUUAUUAAUUUCAGAAUAAUGUGGAUCUUGCCAAAAUGACGGAGGAUGCUUUAAAGUGGCAUUCCACUGCUGGGACAGACCCACCUACUCCAACCUUUAGCAUGAGUCAAUAUUCGUAUGGUGACCCAAUAU